AAAUAAAAUUUGAUAAGCAACAUUAUUGAAUACUGAAAUUUCCUCCUACAUCUAAAGACACGGAACCCGAGGAGUCAAUCAGGUUUCUUGUCUUCAAAUAAGACACUCUAAUGGCUCCUUAAAAAAAAUGGCUCCUUAGACCUUUCUAGAGAGAGAAAUAUCGCAGAAAGAAAAGCAACUGGGUUUUUUUAUUGAAGACGCAGCCCCUGAGACAUGCAUGCUACGUUUUAGACCUAAUUUCUAGAGUGAGAUUGAAAAUUUACUUCCAUUUAAGGAUAAGGAAAAUGGCAUCAGCUUCUACAGAUGAAGUGGUGAAUGCAUUGCUGGAAUACUUAGUUAGUCCUCGCUUGCCUUUGAAAUCUUCUGCCAUUAAGGAACCUCCCUCUCUUUCUCAGCAGCACUCUGUUGCCAAACAGUUGCAUGCUGUUGUGUUACUUUACAACUACUACCAGAGGAAGCAAAAUCCUCAGGCACAAAAUUUAGACUUUGAGUCAUUUUGCAAAUUGGCUGUGACUCUAAAACCGGCUUUGGUUUCAUACAUGAAGUUCAUGAAUCAAUCUGAUCUAACUGGCUCCAAGGACACGGACAAUGAUCUUUCUGUAGCUGAAAAAGCAAUUCAAGAUGCUUGCAAUAUAUCUUGCGCUUUAGAUGCCUCCAAAAAUGUUCCGUCUAUAAACAAAUGGCUAAUUGCCAAAGUUUCUGUCUUAUUACUAGACUCUAAGAAAGAAACUUGUUGGCUGCUUUAUAGUUCUGUCACAGAUGGCGUCUGGUCUCUCCUCGAAAAAAAUCUUGAGCUUCCCUCUGCUGAUAUGGUGGAGGGAAAACAUCUAAACAAAAAGAGGCGAACCAGUAUGAGACCAGUGACGGUAGAGCAAAAAGAUGAUGACUCUGGCUUUCAGCAGUUUGCGUUUUUGGCCGUCAAGGAUGCAACAGGUAUUUCUCGGUCUGACCUUGUGGUUUUGGAGAAGCAUGUGGUAUAUUCACUAACUAAAGAAAAGGCAGCAUCUUGCUUUUACAUCAUGCAAUGUAAAUCAAUCAAUCAGGGCAUUCAAAUUCCUGUCAAGGAGAUUUUUGAGAGUUUACAGGGUCCGUUGGUGAAAAAGAGUUCUGGUAGUUGGUCCACUACUGAAGUAGUUGAGUACUUUCAUCUGCUUCCCUAUGCCAAUAUCAUGUCAGCCUUUCUUCUGAGCCAGAGCGUAGAGGAACCAGUAAAAAAGAUAGAAACAAAGACGCCUGAUGAAAGUUAUGAAGUUUUAAUUGGAACAAAGUCAGAUCGUAUAAACCUAGAAAUUUCAGAGGCAAAACAUGGUGAUGGUCGCAAAAAAGUUAGUCAUUCUGCAGUUGGUCAAGAAGCAACUGCUUUAGAUGGCCACCAGAGGAUAAGGAAAAGUGAAGAAGCUGAGAGAGAUAAUUCAAUUAAAAAUACAGAAAUUGUAGAUUUCAGUGAUGAUAAGCUAUCUGAUGUCAACUUGGAAUGUCUAUAUGAUACAAGUAAAAAGGUACACCACGAAAAUAGCAGAGACUAUAAAGAUUCAACUGCAAAAGAAUUGUAUGAUACCAUCAACCGUCCAAGGACACGAGAAGAUAAAGCUGAGGAGCUGGUGAAGUCCACUAAAAGCUGUGAAAUCAAUGAUUUUAAUGGAAUGGAGUUAGCUGGUGCUCAUCCUGAACCUUUGGAGGUGCAAAUGAAUGAUGAUUAUCACUUUUCUAGGUCUCCUACUAGGCCUCAGAGGAUGGACAUUGAUGCUUGUAUUCCCUGCUCCAAAGAUGGAAACAGUAAGGAUUUUAAGCUUAUUACAAAGUUUUACCAUCACGAGAAAAAGAGGACGAGGGUGAGUGGUGGAGAAAUCAUUGGAGGUGGUGUAAUUUGCAAGGCAGAAAGAACUGAUGAAGGGAAGGCUGGUAAAGAGUGUGGCCUUUCCACUAUCUCACCCAAUCGAAAUGGGAUUUCAGUGGCACAUACUGCACUUGUUCCUUAUCAGCAUGAUACUAUGGAUAUAGGCGAUUUACAAACUGUUUUGGCUUCAAAAGAGAAGGCUUUAACACAAAGUGCCCUUAGAGUUCUUCUUCAUAAACGAGAGAAACUGUGUCAUCAACAACAUAAAAUAGAAGAUGAAAUAGCAUUAUGUGAUAAAAGUAUUCAAAGAAUCUUAGAUGGUGGCAAAGAUAAUUUGGCUUUAAAACUAGAAACGCUACUAGGCUUCUGUGAUGAAAUGUGCUUGAAGGAUAGAGCUGCUAUCCAAGAAGAAGUCCAUCAACCUGACGAAGAGCUUGGAUUGGUUCAACCUAUGAUUGGAAGGAAAUUGCCCAAAGCUGUAUGCACGUCACAACGUGCAUCUCAGGACUUGUAUCAAAUAUGUUGUGUGAAUAACUGGACGUUUCCAUCAUAUAGUGUGUCAGCAACAGAUGGUGGAUUUCAUGCUAGAGUUACUGUAAAGGGGGUUGACUUUCUAUAUUCUUGUGAGAGUGAUCUGCAUUCCAGCCCCUCUGAAGCACAGGAGUCAGCUGCAUUUCAGAUGAUUACCAAAUUACACUCGGGGGCAGAUCACAUGCAUUAGAUUGCAUGAUAGCAAAGAACAUCAACACCAACAUUUUCAAAUUCUAUUUCUAAUGCUUCAGUUAGAUACUGAAGGAACUCUAUCCUGCUAUCGUUUUUUUUUUUUUUUUUUUUUUAAAUGCCAAUUUGCUGCAUUCAGUGGGUUUUGUCUGUAAUUUAGUUCAAAGGCAUGGCAAUUCAACAACUAAAUUUGGCUCUUUUCUAGGCAGCUUAGUUCUCUAGUUUCCAGGAUUGUAAAAUGUGGGGUAUAACCCAUUGCUAGCCUAA